AUGGAAUCUGUAUCUCCCAUAGAGUUUACCUAUGCUUGUCGCCAGUUUCGGGUCAUGCUCCGGAAUACGCUUAACGACAUUGAGCGCAAGCACGAGGAGUUCUUUCGUCAGAAACAAGCAGCACUGCUGACCGAGAUUGAGGAUAUUCAAAGUCGCACUCCUAUGGCAAACAGAAAGCGAAUGAAUGGCCCGCCUGUGGAUACCGACCUCGCAGAGAACCUUCGGAAGAAGCGAUUGGAGGCUCUCAGGCAAGAAUUCAAGAUAUACUCUGAGGACCUCUACACUGCUGCGACUACACGUCUUCGUUCUGAGGCACUCGCCAUUCGCACAAAGGCUCUAGAGCACUAUAGAGCGAGAAUGGGGGACGACGAGGAUUCGGUCCAAUCUCUUGCAGAAACACUGGAUCAGGUGCUUGCAGUAUCCACUCUUGACCGAAGCAAUCUCUUUCUCAAUCCGCUCUUUUAUGAAGGGUUUUGUCGCCUCAAUCCUAUCGACCUCACAAAAUAA